CAAGUUUUCUGAUGUAUUUGCUUGCACCUUCUUCCCCUGCUGUUUGGUGAACCCAGCCCCCCUCUCCCCCCCCCACCGGUCUCCCAAGGAUGGAUCAUUCCCAGUGCCUUGUGACUAUAUACGCCUUGGUGGUUCUGCUGGGUCUCCGGCUAGAGCAGGGCGCCUGCCAGCACUAUCUGCACAUCCGACCGGCUCCCAGCGACAACUUGCCCUUGGUGGAUCUAAUCGAGCACCCGGACCCUAUCUUUGACCCCAAGGAGAAGGAUCUUAACGAGACCUUGCUAAGGAACCUCAUGGGCGGACACUUCGACCCUAACUUUAUGGCUAUUUCCUUGCCCGAGGACCGGCUCGGAGUGGACGAUCUAGCUGAGCUGGACUUGCUGCUCAGGCAGAGACCCUCGGGAGCGAUGCCCAGCGAAAUCAAAGGGCUGGAGUUUUACGACGGGCUGCAGCCGGGCAAGAAGCACAGGCUGAGCAAGAAGCUGCGCAGGAAGCUGCAGAUGUGGCUCUGGUCCCAGACCUUCUGCCCGGUCCUAUACACGUGGAACGAUCUCGGCAGCCGCUUUUGGCCCCGGUACGUCAAAGUGGGCAGCUGCUACAGUAAAAGGUCUUGUUCGGUCCCAGAAGGCAUGGUUUGCAAACCUGCCAAGUCCGUGCAUUUAACGAUCCUGAGGUGGAGGUGCCAGCGUCGGGGAGGGCAGAGGUGCACAUGGAUACCCAUCCAGUACCCCAUCAUUUCGGAGUGCAAGUGCUCCUGCUAGGGCUUGCACUUACCUUUUCUCGCCCCCUUCUCCAGCGGACUCACGUGGACCUUUGCUGCAACAAAAAUAAAAGACAUUUGCUUUCUGGUUAACGUUGUAAUGCACUGUAACGUGUAGGAGAAUGUAUAUUGUGUGUAUAUAUGGCACCGUUUUAAUAUACUAUUAAAAGGUCAGUAUUAUACGUGAAAUAAUCAGCGUCUACUGUAUUUUUAAGACUAUUACCCUGA